GUACCUGUGGAGCAUUUGCCUCUCCACACCACCACCAUGGGGACUUUCAAAUUAACAACUGUAAUGUUGUUAACAUGGAUCAGUUUAUCUAUUGGACUGACUGCUGCUCAAACGACCGUAGCAAUCAUCGAACCCGUGACGAAAUUGCAGCUAAUUUCAGGAAUACCAUCAGCACAUAAUAAGCUUGUCUGCAGCACAUGGGGAAAUUUCCACUUCUUGACAUUUGAUGGAGACAGUUUCCAGCUCCCAUCCGAAUGUAAUCACAUCCUGACAUCUCAGUGUGGAGGCAGUUAUGAAGAAUUUAACAUUCAGCUGAGACGGCAGAUCGUGAACGGUGAACCCACAAUUAGCAAAAUCACCCUGAAGCUGGAUGGCACAGUGGUGGAGCUCAGUACUGGCUCGAUCAGCAUCAAUGGCCAACCGGUCACAGCACCAUAUGUCAGCGGUGGAGUUCAUAUAGAAUUGGUCAGUUCUUAUAUUUCCAUCAAAUCCACAGUGGGGAUAACUGCCUUGUGGAAUGAAGAUGAUGCGUUCAUGGUUGAAUUAGAUCCAAAGUACAAAAAUCAGACAUGUGGGCUUUGUGGUGAUUUCAAUGGCGUCCCUCGUUACGAUGAAAUGAUCAAAAACGGUGUGGCACUCUCUCCUUCUGAUUAUGGAAAUCUCUGGAAGAUGGAUGGACCCACAGAAAGAUGCGAGGAUAAACCCAUCCAAGAAUAUCAGGACUGUGGAGGCGAGGAUUUUUGCCCUCAGCUAUUCACCAGUGAGGCGUUCGGCAGCUGCAACCUUCUGGUGUCAAACGAUAUGUUUGUGACAGCAUGUAUGGAGGACCUGUGUCAGUGUAAUACAACAACAGAUGCUUCCUGCUUGUGUAAAACUUUAGCAGAAUAUUCACGCCAGUGUGUGCACGCUGGAGGAAAACCACAAGAAUGGAGAACUGAUGUCUUCUGCCCCAAGUCAUGCCCCAACACCAUGCAAUACACCGAGUGUGGCAGCCCAUGUAUAGAUACCUGCUCAAACUCAGACAGAGGAGAUGUGUGUGGAGAGCACUGCAUCGAUGGAUGCUUCUGUCCUCCAGGCACUGUGUGGGACGAUGUCACCAACUCCAGCUGUAUUCCACGGAGUUCAUGCUCCUGUGUUCACGGAGAUAAGAUUUAUAAAUCUGGGGAAACAUACACAGCUACCUGCAAAGAAUGCACCUGCUCAGGAGGUCAGUGGACAUGUGUGAAUAAAGACUGCCCUGGUACAUGCUCGGUUUUGGGAGGAUCACACAUCAAAACAUUUGAUGACAAACCCUACACGUUCCAUGGCGAUUGUUCGUAUAUCCUUGCAAAGGAGUGCACAGGCACAGAUUUUACCAUUCUUGGUGAUUUGACCAAAUGCGGACUGACAGAUACUGAGACUUGCCUGAAAACAGUCACUCUAGGAUUAUCAAAAGGCACUAAGGUGAUCCAAGUGGACUCAAGUGGGAAGGUUGAAGUGGACAGGAUUAAGACACAGCUUCCAAUUUUUACAGCUGACGUGAGCAUCUUCCAGCCAUCUUCAUUCUACAUUACCAUCAGCGCCAUCAGCUCUAAUCUUAUUCUGGAAAUCCAGCUCGUUCCCCUCAUGCAGGUCUUCAUCAUGAUAGAUCCAGCUUUUCAAAGACAAACAUGUGGACUUUGCGGCAAUUUCAAUAACAUUCAGGCAGACGAUUUCACCACGGCUAGUGGACUUAGAGAAGGAACAGCAGUGGAUUUUGCCAACACAUACAAGACCAGAGCAAACUGCCCAGAUAUCCAAAGAACCUUUGAGAACCCAUGCAGUCUGAGCACUGAAAAUGAGAAAUAUGCACAACACUGGUGUUCCCUGCUAUCGGAUCCUUCCGGAGUUUUCUCCCCCUGUCAUUCACAGAUCAGCCCUGACAUCUACAAAGCGAGCUGUAUAUAUGACACAUGUAAUUGUGAGAAGUCAGAGAACUGCAUGUGCGCUGCACUGUCUUCAUAUGCACACGAUUGUGCUGCUGUUGGAAUCAUCCUCACUGGCUGGAGAGAUGCUGCUUGCAACAACUACACAGUGUGCCCCAACUCCUUAGUUUAUGAAUAUGACAUGACCAGCUGUCAUCGUACAUGUCGCUUAAUCGGGCAGACUGACUACACCUGUGACAUCGAAACCGUGACGGAUGGUUGUGGGUGUCAAUCAGGUACCUACAUGAACGAAAAUAACGUUUGUGUCACGGAAAACAACUGUCCAUGUUACGAUGCAAACACAAUUAUUCAGCCUGGCGACAUCAUCAGCAAAGAUGGCACCACAUGCACAUGUAGACAAGGCAAACUGAACUGCAUCGGUGUCAUGAAAGUGGAAGAAUGUACCACUCCAAUGACUUUUUUCAACUGCUCGAGUGCUGCUCCUGGAAGCACUGGCUCUGAAUGUCAGAAAAGUUGUAAAACACUGGAUAUGAGCUGUAUCAGCACAGAGUGCGUGUCUGGAUGUGUGUGUCCCCCUGGCUUGGUGUCCAAUGGAAAUGGUGGUUGUAUCUCUACAGACCUUUGUCCGUGUGUCCAUAAUGGAGAGAAUUAUCAACCUGGGGACACUGUUCAAGAUGGCUGCAACACAUGCACAUGUAAGGACAGGAAAUGGCAAUGCACCACAAAGCAGUGCAGUGCAACAUGUAGCAUCUAUGGAGAUGGGCAUUACAUAACCUUUGACGAAAAACGAUAUAUGUUCAGUGGAAACUGUGAAUAUGCCCUGGCUCAGGACUACUGUAGUGGCAGUAGCACCAACGGCACUUUCAGAGUCAACACUGAAAACAUUCCUUGUGGAACAACUGGCACUACCUGUUCCAAAGCCAUCAAGCUCUUCAUAGGAAGCAAUGAGCUAAUCCUUACCGAUGGAACAUACCAAGUAGUACAGAGAACCAAUGGAGAAGAAAUCCCAUACCAGAUCCGCACGAUGGGAAACUACUUGGUGGUUGAGACCUAUAAUGGUGUAAUGCUUGUAUGGGACAGAAAAACAUCAAUAUACAUUGUUCUAAAGCCUGAAUUUAAUGGAAAUGUCUGCGGUCUCUGUGGAAACUUUGAUGGCAAUGCAAACAACGACUUCACCACAAGAACCCAAGAAGUUGUCAUUGACCCGCUCAUUUUUGGUAACAGCUGGAAAGUGUCUCCUACCUGUCCAGAGGCAAUGGCCAUUCAAGAUCCCUGCACUAAUAAUCCAUACAGGGAGGCAUGGGCACAGAAACAGUGCAGCAUUAUAAACAGUGACACUUUUGCAGCCUGUCAUUCCAAGGUGGAACCAUCUUCAUAUUAUUCUUCAUGUGUGAGUGAUGCAUGUGCUUGUGACAGUGGAGGAGAUUGUGAGUGUUUCUGUACUGCUGUAGCAGCCUAUGCCAAGGCCUGUAAUGCUGCUGGUGUGUGUGUUCAAUGGAGAAGCCCAAGAAUUUGCCCACUGUUCUGUGAUUUCUACAACCCACCUGGAGAGUGCGAGUGGCACUACAAACCUUGUGGUCACAAUUGUAUGAAGACCUGCAGGAACCCUACAGGAAACUGUACAAUGCAGUCUCCAGGACUUGAAGGUUGCUAUCCUGAAUGCCCAGCUGAUCUCCCAUUGUUCGAUGAGGAUAAUAUGAAGUGCGUGGCACAGGAUGAGUGUGGCUGCUAUGCUGAAAUGAUGCGUUAUGAGCUGGGCCAGUCUAUCCCUUCUAUAAACAACUGCGAGAAAUGCGAGUGCACAUCAGGUGGGAAGAGCUGCAAAUAUGAUCUAAAUGCUUGUACCUGCCAAAAUAAUAAUACUAUGUACCAGUAUGGAGACAUAAUCUACUACACAACGGAUGGACUUGGAAACUGCAUUAUUGCUAUUUGUGCUGAAGAUGGAAACAUUAAUAAGACAUUGGCACCUUGUAAAACUACAGUUGCCCCUACAGUGCCAACAACAACAUUCACAACAACAACUAUGCCUACAACUGUGUUUGUUUUCACCACGCCAGAAAUCAGUCCAAGUGCAACUACAAAAGAAGCAGCUACAACAACUCCAACAAGCAUGAUAACUGAAGGCAGAACAACUCAAAUCACUGUGACAACAUCAAUAACAGAAAUUUCUGCUAUCACAAAAAUACCUAGCACACUAACUGGCACUACACCGCCCACUACAUUGCAACCAGAAAUUACGAGCACUCAGCCUUUGGAAACAACAACAGGUGCAGAAAGCACAAUUUACCCUGAAAUAACAACCUUUCCGAUUACAACUCUUCCAACCACCACCACCAAAGCACCAGAAAUAACAAGCACUGGUGUAGAGGUAACAACGGUGCUUCCAAUAGUAUCAACUACUCAGGCUACUACAGCUCCCUCCAUAGAGACAACAUUACCAGGAGAAACAACACCUCUGACCACUACAACUGCUCCAACAAUAACAACCAUGCAACCAGAAAUAUCCUCCACCCAGCCUUUGGAAACAACAACUGGUGAAGAAACCACUAUUUCCCCAGAAAAAACAACCUUGCCAAUUACAACUCUUCCAACCACCACCACCAAAGCACCAGAAAUAACAAGCACUGGUGUAGAGGUAACAACAGUGCUUCCAAUAGUAUCAACUACUCAGGCUACUACAGCUCCCUCCAUAGAGACCACAGGUCCAUCCGAAAGGACAUCACUAAUUACCACACCUGCUCCAGAGGUAACAACCUUGCCAUCAGAAAUAUCCUCCACCCAGCCUUUGGAAACAACAACUGGUAAAGAAACCACUAUUUCCCCAGAACAAACAACAUUGCCAAUUACAACUCUUCCGACCACCACCACCAAAGCACCAGAAGUAACAAGCACUGGUCCUUCCACAGAAACCACACCAGUUGGAGAGGUAACAACAGUGCUUCCAAUAGUAUCAACUACUCAGGCUACUACAGCUCCCUCCAUAGAGACAACAUUACCAGGAGAAACAACACCUCUGACCACUGCACCUGCUCCAAAGAUAACAACCUUGCAACCAGAAAUAUCCUCCACCCAGCCUUUGGAAACAACAACUGGUAAAGAAACCACUAUUUCCCCAGAACAAACAACAUUGCCAAUUACAACUCUUCCAACCACCACCACCAAAGCACCAGAAGUAACAAGCACUGGUCCUUCCACAGAAACCACACCAGUUGGAGAGGUAACAACAGUGCUUCCAAUAGUAUCAACUACUCAGGCUACUACAGCUCCUCCAUAGAGACAACAUUACCAGGAGAAACAACACCUCUGACCACUGCACCUGCUCCAAAGAUAACAACCUUGCAACCAGAAAUAUCCUCCACCCAGCCUUUGAAACAACAACUGGUAAAGAAACCACUAUUUCCCCAGAACAAACAACAUUGCCAAUUACAACUCUUCCAACCACCACCACCAAAGCACCAGAAGUAACAAGCACUGGUCCUUCCACAGAAACCACACCAG